UUAGAGGACGACACCUUUGACAAGCUCAGCACCGUACGUAUUUCAUUUUUCAUCUUCUUCAGCUGACCCAAUUAGGGUUUUCAAAAUCUCCAAAUUUUCCCCCAAAUCUUACUACGUAUCAUGAAGGAUUCAAAUUUGGAUCUGUUCGAUCCAAGAACUGCUGUAAUGGACGCUUCUGACUAUACCAUCGAAGUCGCCCGCGGUGACGCCGACUUCGGUUUCGCUUUCAACGAUAGCAAUUUCUCCGAUCGUAUUCUUCGUAUAGAGAUAAUUUCUGAAUCUGCUGAGACUAGAACCGAUGGGGAAGGUUGCACCAGUCUCGCUGAUUGGGAUAGGAAUCGGAAACGCCGUAGAGAAGAUAUCAAAAGAGAAAAUGCAUUCACAGCCGUAGACAUGGCUGCUGCAGGUCCAGAGGAACAAAUUCUGAAUCAGCCUGACAACAUUCCUGAUGAUGGGGACACUGAAAACCAGGAGGAGGAGGCGGCAGCAAUGAUUGAAGAACCACAAUCAGGAGAUGAAGGUGCAAAUGACGUUGAUUCAAACUGGAGUAUGGAGUGUUCAACAGUUCUGAGAGUAAAAACUUUACAUAUUAGCUCUCCAAUUUUGGCGGCAAAAAGUCCUUUUUUUUACAAGCUCUUUUCCAAUGGGAUGAGGGAGUCGGAGCAACGACAUGUAACUUUGCGGAUCAAUGCCUCUGAGGAAGCUGCCCUUAUGGAACUUCUCAACUUUAUGUACAGCAAUACCUUAACGGUGACUACUGCCCCUGCUCUGCUGGAUGUGUUGAUGGCCGCCGACAAGUUUGAGGUGGCUUCAUGCAUGAGAUAUUGCAGCCGUUCAUUGAGAAAUCUGCCUAUGACCCCCGAAUCUGCACUUCUCUAUCUCGAUCUUCCAUCCAGUGUCUUAAUGGCUGAAGCAGUUCAACCAUUGACUGAUGCAGCAAAACAAUUCCUUGCCGUUCGCUAUAAAGACAUAACCAAGUAAGCUAAUGAUGCAUUUGUGUGUCUUUUCUGUAUUUCUUUGCUUUUUUCUUGAAAUGGAAAAUGAACUCACACACCGAUGUCACUAAGUAGGCUCAACCCCACUGCUUAGAUGUAGAGGCAGGGGUGGAUUGGGCUAGGGAGUGCCCAUGUCCCUCUCUAUAGUCUGGACGCAUUGGAAAAAAAAUUGGGGUCUUUAAGUGUGCACCCACUUUAAUUAGAUAAAGUGGCUGCAACCUACUUGUGUUGUCAUUGCAUGUGGCAUUACAGGUUGCAAGUUCGUCAAUUUUCUGGAUUUGCCUUUGGGUAGAUGUGAUAAUUUGUGGCCUUGGGCCGGAUACCGGCUGGGACCAACCUCAUUUUUUUGUCCAGUGGGCCUAAUUUAACAAACUCAAGUUUUUUGUGGGUUUGAUAACUUGCCCUUACCCACCCUAUAAACGGACUGGGAUUGUCUGAGAAUUUUUUCUCAUUAAUAUUCACGAGCUGUUCUGGGCUCACCCAUUCUUUUGAGAAUGGUUGUCCAAGCUCAC